GCCAGAUUCAAAAAUAUUCCAAGUGAGUGACAUAUGGUUAGAUUUAUAUAUAACCUUAUAUAUAUACACAUAAAAAUGAAAAGGAAAUCCGAUAAAUCAGCCACGGGAGACUUCCGACACAGCCACCCAGACGCUUUGCUGUCGACUGGCACCAGCUUUGGACGCUCAGGGAGCCACUUUGCCUCCAAAGAUGCUUCCCGGCCCAAAGUCGGGGUUUCCACCCAAAGACCCGAAGAUAUCGCCGACGUAGUUUGUGGCCUUGACACCCGUCUGGAACCUCCCCUUCCACCCAUUCAGAAUCAUCGCGAUGACCUUCACACCCACGAGUCUGGCGUUCACGGUACUCAGCACGAACGCAGGCGCGGGGCCGAGCAGUGUGGCGACGCUAUCCCCACCGGCCAGCGGGCGGUCGAAGUCCGACGCGGCGCGUAGCACGAUGAUGCGCGAAAAGUCGACGAGGCCGGCGAGGGAGCCGCGGAGGAGCGAGUUGAGCGUGGCGUUGUCCUCCUGCUGCGUGGAGCAGUACACGCCCGUCCCGUUCGUCCACACCGCCGUAGUGUUCGCGAACGCGUCGCCGAGGAGGUUCCCGCCCCAGAAUGCGUCCGCCGUCGCGGUGUCGCACAGCACGACCCGGGGCCCGGCGGAGUUGAUCGCUGCGAAGGCCGGCGCGGACUUGGCGUACGCCGCCCGCAUCGCCUGCGAGUCCGCGCUGUCAGUCAGGUUCGCGGACUUGGCGGCGGCGAACGCGAGCUGCCGCAGGGGCUCGUUCAGCUCGAAGACCUCCGUGCCGUAGAGGAUCGUCGGGUACUGCCCCGGCGCGGUCGUCCCCUGGCCGAAGUACCCCGUCGAGAACGACCCCGGGAUCUGGCGUGCGUCGACCUCGAAUUGGAGCCCGACGUGGACCGCGUACCGCGCGAGAGUUACAGACCCGAUCGUGGCUACUUUCGGGUUGAUGCCUGCGAUACCGGAGAUGAGGAAGUAUGUUGACCGUUGAUUUCGCCCUCCCCGGUAACGAGCUGGCAGAUGCGCCCGUCCUGAGUGCAGUGGACCUGCG